GCAAAGUUCCUGUAUGACUAGGCCCCCAUUGUCACACUGUGAUGUCAGGUGUUUGCAUUGAGAUCAGUCCUGUGGUAAAUAAGACAAUCAACAAGUUUGUCUCCUGAGUAAUAUCACGUUCUAGCUAAAGUGGGAAAGACCGAAUGAUAUAUUGGAGGUAAAUGAGAAUAGCUUCCUGUUCCUCGCUUAGUGGACGAGAGAGAGCAUCCAUUUGAUGUGGAAAACAAUAAUGGCAACCUACUAUUAGAGAGGUUUUAUCUAUUUUUAAUAAUGAGUAGUGUUUUGCUUGGUUUGUAUAAUUAAAUUUAAUAGACUUGAACAUGUACCUCAUAUCAGGGCCUUUAUGUCCCUUUAUGUCUGAACAGUCAGGGUUCGCUUUAAGAACAGUAUGAAAAAGUUAAGUAUUUGUAAAUAGCUGACGGUAAACCUCUUUGUCAAUCUGAACAGUAAAAGUCUUUUCAAAAGUACUCAUCCUUGGCCCUGAAGAAAACACUCCAAAGCCUGGUUGUGCUCUUUUUAAAUGUUUUGGAUGAAAACUUUGGAUGUGGCAGUGAUGGGCACUUCUGUUUUUGGAGGAGCAUAUGUUGAUUUUUAUGUGUUUUUCUGUGAUUUGUUUAGAAUCUUUAUUAUCCUAUUUUAUCCAGUCAAUAUAUGGACAGUUCCUUGAAGAAUUAAAAAUGUCACGAAGAAUCAGUCCACUGCAAGACUCCAUACAUCAUGUGAUCACAAAGACUGACAAGACAUCAAAGCUAGAGGUGAAGUACAUCAAUCCCUUGAAAGGACGAGGUGUCUUCUCCUUAGCUCAAUUUUCCAAACGUGAUUUUGUGGUUGAGUACAGGGGGGAUAGGAUUGAUUUUUAUGAAGCUCAACGAAGAAGAAGACUCUAUCACAGUCUUUGUACUGUGUUCAUGUUUGACUUCAAAUGGAAGGGGAAAAUGUGGUGUAUUGAUGCUGCCAAAGAAGAUGGAUCAUUUGGGAGGUUGGUUAACGAUGACCACAAGCACCCAAAUUGCAGAAUGAAGAUGAUUGAAGUAGAUGGAAGGCCACAUCUCUGCCUGUUUGCCAUAGAGGACAUAAAAGAGGGAGAUGAAAUCACCUACGAUUAUGGAGGAGGUGACUGGCCAUGGCGAAAGAAGGUUAGGGAGGACACAGUUUCCAAGAGUAACAUCAAAGAGAGUCAGCCACCAUCCCUGUCAGAACCUGUUCUGUCUACUUGUUCCUCAGCAAGUGAUCAGGUUAGGGAGGACACAGUUUCCAGGAGUAACAUCAAAGAGAGUCAGCCACCAUCCCUGUCAGAACCUGUUCUUUCUACUUGUUCCUCAGCAAGUGAUCAGGUUAGGGAGGACACGGUUUCCAGGAGUAACAUCAAAGAGAGUCAGCCACCAUCCCUGUCAGAACCUGUUCUUUCUACUUGUUCCUCAGCAAGUGAUCAGAGAACUGGAAAGAACACAAUAUCAGAAAACAGUGCUCAAGAGAACGAUCAGCUGUUGCAAUCAGGACCCGUUCUGUCUGCUUGUUCCUCAGCAAGUGAUCAACAGAGGACCAAGAAGGACACAAUUUCAGAGAUCAGUGCUCAAGAGAACUGUCUGCCAUUGCAGUCCAGACCUGCUCUGUCUGCAUGUUCCUCAGCAAGUGAUAAGAUGAGAAAUUCCAAUCCUGAGAAGACUGCAUGGGUCACCCCUAUGUCUCGUCAGUCAGAGCCUCUGAAGGAUCACAGCAACAACAGCAGUUCUGGGCAGAGUUCUUCGUCUGGAAAUACUGAUGACGAGCAUGCAUGUGUACCUAAAUUAAGAAGGACUAGAAGUAUUCUUAUGAGAGGGUUUGUUCCUGAAGAUUCAGAUGAGCUAUUUGAUUCUACUUCAGACAGUGGAGAGGAGUACGUCCCUGACUCUAGAGAUGAAAGGAACGAAAGUAGUUCAGAGAGUAGUACCUCCCGUAAACCAGUGAAAUGGAGCUGUCUGUCUUCUGUGGAUGAAGCUACCCCCUCUAAUCUUGUCCCUCAUAGCACAUCUUCAGGUGUCAUGGGUGUUACAGAGAGAAGCAACCUUGAAGUUAUGGAUCUAAAUAAAAGUUCUGAAGUGAUAGAGAGUGAUGGAGUCUGCAGCAGUUCUGAGCUUGUGCAAGAAGAAGGGGCAGUAGUAGUCAAUGCAGUCAGAAGAAAACGUGAUGGUCGUAGAGCAUAUGACAAGAAACAUUACUGUCUGUUUUGUUUGAAACCUUUUAGCAAGAUGGCAAGACAUCUGCAGUAUGUCCAUUCCAGUGAAAGAGAAGUGGCUAUAGCAUGCAGUUUCCCAAAGGGUUCUAAACAGAGAAAAAUGCAAUUGGAUAAUUUACGACAUAGAGGGAACUUUGUCCAUAAUGCUUCUGUAAUUAAAACAGGCAAGGGUGAACUGAUUCCAUGCAAACGACCACCGAAGAAAGCCCAAGGCACUGACUUUAUGCAUUGUGCAUAUUGCCAAGGGUUAUUUACCAGGAAUGUUCUUUGGCGACACAUGAAGGUCUGUAAACUAGGCCCUGAAGGUUUUACUCCAAAACCUGGGAAGAACCGUGUCCAGUCUCUCUGUGCAUUUGCACAGCCUGUACCUUCACACAUAAGCAAAGCACUGUGGAAGGCUUUAAGCCUCAUGCAUGCAGAUGAAAUCACAGCUGCUGUCAAAAAUGAUAGCUGCAUCAUUCAGUUGGGGGAACAUUUGUUGAACAAAGGUGGAUCAACUGCAAAACAUGAAGCAUGCGUACGACAGAAGUUGCGAGAACUAGGAAAACUACUUAUCACUGGCAGAAACGUUGCAUCUCUAAAGACAAUGGAAGAUUUUAUACAUCCUCAAAACUACAUGAAGAUGGUUCAAGCUGUCAGACAUACAUGUGGAUAUGAUAGUGAAGCCAACACAUACAAAACUCCUUCUCUAGCAAAAAAACUUGGAAUAAGCCUGAUGAAGCUCAGCAAACUCAUGAAAGCUAAAGCUUUGAUUGCGAAAGACCACUGCUUGGCACAGAAUUUCAGUAACUUCCAAGAAAUACAUAAAGAACGGUGGUGUGAACUGAUCUCUGCAACAGCAGCACGAAAUCUUGAGGAGUCAAAGUGGAAUGCCCCCACAGUGUUGCCUUUUACAGAAGAUGUGCAAAAACUUCAUGCAUUUCUCAAUAAAAUGCAAGAGGAGUUGAUCAAGCAGUUAUCAGCGGAGCCCACAUCAAAAUACUGGUCUGAGCUUGCAAAGGUCGCUUUGACUCAAAUCAUCCUCUUUAACCGUCGUAGAGAGGGAGAGGUAUCGUGUAUGCUCCUGUCUGCUUUCUUAUCCAGGGACAGCAGUGAUCCACAUGAUGAUAUAGAUUGGGCCCUCUCUGAAGUUGAGAAAAAACUCUGCAGGCACUUUUCCAGAAUUGUGAUCAGAGGAAAAAGAGGACGUCCAGUUCCCAUUCUGCUGACCCCUAAAAUGCUGAAUGCAGUAGAGUUGCUUGUGAAGAACAGGGAGACUUGUGGAGUGCUGAAAGACAAUGUUUAUCUCUUUGCCCGGCCAUCAGCAAUGUCACAUUACAGAGGAUCAGAUUGUAUCCGCAGCUUUGCGAAGUCUUGUAAUGCAAAUAGUCCUGAUGCACUGACAUCCACAAAACUGCGAAAACAUGCUGCCACUCUUUCUACAGUUCUAAACUUGAAGGACACAGACAUGGAUCAGUUAGCAAACUUCCUGGGACAUGACAUCAGAAUUCAUAGGGAGUACUAUCGCCUUCCUGAAAAGACCCUCCAACUUGCAAAAGUCAGCAAAGUUCUUAUGGCAUUAGAACAAGGGAGACUUGCGGACUUCAAGGGCAAGAAUUUGGAUGAGAUCAAUAUUGACCCAAAUGAGGAGAUGGAGCUAAUUGAUGAUGAUGAAGGAAGAAGUGAGGUAGAGGAUGAAACAUAUGAAGAACUUGGAGAAGCAAUGCAAGAGGAGUCACCAGAAGCAACACAAGUACCACCACUUGACACUGCACUUAUUUCCCUACCAGAGAGGAAGAAAUCACUGAAGAUACCUUCUGUUAAAGGUAAAACACGUGUACCGAAAAGAAGAAAAGCUUGGGAAGUGACCGAGAUCCAGGCCGUGGAAAGACACCUGAAAAACUUUAUCACUUCAUGCCGUGUCCCAGGGAAGCUACCUUGCGAACAGUGCAUAAGAGCUGAGCCUUCAGCGCUUAAAAACAGAGAUUGGCAGAGUGUCAAAUUCUAUGUUCACAAUCGCAUUGUGGCUUACAAGAAAGAUUUGAGCCACAAUGUGUAAUUUUUUUUUUGUUUAUUUCAUUUGAAAAACAUGUAAAU